UGUGUUGAAGAAGACAAAUUUGGAAAUGAUAUUCUUAUACUCAAAAAUCUAAUGAGUUGGACACCAAUAAGUCAUGACAACAACCCUUUAAUUAAAUGUGUAAUUUUACUAUUAAAAUUCGAAUUAGUAAAAGUCAGUUAAAAUACAGUAUAUCAAUGAAUAUAAUAGAAUUUACAUAGAAUUAUUCUAAAUCAUUAUAUUUUUAAGUUGGCGACACAUUGUUUAAAAUUAGUGAAAAAUCAAAAUGAACAGUAUCAUUAUUACAUGGCAUUGUGUGAGUACAAGAUGGGAAAUCAUUUAGCAAGUUUAGAACAUUUGAAAUGUGAUAAAUUGAUAGAAAAAUAUAAGAAAGUUACUGACGCAUUAAAAUUUCUUAACGAUAUAGAGUUAAACGAACAGCUCGAUAUUUUUGAAAAUGACUUGCUACACAUAAUAUAUUCCAAAUCCCCUUGUGAAGAAUUACAUUUGGUCUACUUAAAAGCAGCUAUGCAUUGCUAUAAAAAUAAAUGUUAUAUCAAAGGAGCGGAAAUUUGUCAAAUCGCUUGCACUGUAUUACGCACGCCAAUGAUAAUGAUAUUGUUAGCCAAAUGUUUGAUACAGAUUGGUGAAUUGGAAACCGCCGAGAGCGCACUGAACGAAGCAAACGUUAUGGACAUAAAGAACGAGGAAGUAUGGGCAUACCUGACGGUGGUAAACAUCAAAAUGGGAAACGCUGACGAAGCGAAAGUGUGUUACAUGCGAGCACUUGAGGUGAUUAUGAUAUUGAUAUAA